AUGUAUUAUGGUUUAUUAAGUGCUUAUCGUAUUGAUAAUCAAAAAAAAAAUAGGGUUGCAUUUAUAAUAUUUGCUAUCAUUAAUACUUUAUAUACAUCAUCAUGGGAUAUUGUGAUGGAUUGGUCUUUAUUGCAGAGUGGAUCCAAGCAUAGGUUCUUGAGAGAUAAUUUGUUUUUCAAGAGACCUAUUUACUACUAUUGUGCCAUGGUAAUUGAUGUUAUUUUAAGAUUCCAAUGGAUCUUUUAUGCAUUUUUUACCAGUCAAAUACAGCAACUGGCGGUUACUAGUUUCUGCGUUGCAUUGGCGGAGCUUUUAAGAAGAUUCAUUUGGAUCUUUUUUAGAGUAGAGAAUGAGCAUUGUACCAAUGUUACCUUAUUUAGAGCUUCGAGAAAUUCUCCGUUACCAUACCCAAUUUCAACUGGAGUAGAAAGAUCAAUUAGAAGACUUGUCGAGUUGAAAUAUAGUAACUCACAUUCUCUUGAACUUAUGAAAGAGAAUAAAAGUAUCAAGAGAACUCUUCAAGAUGACCAAGAAUCGGAUAUUGGCUUUAUUAGCAUACCAAUGCCGAGUACCUCAUUAAGAGAGCGUACUCGUCGUAAAUCUACUAUAGGUUCGGUCACAAGUGCAUUGAAUACAGCACAUAUCAAGGAUUUUCAAAGAAAGAAGGCAAUUACUGAUUAUGAGGAUGACGAAAGUGCUGUCGAUGAUGAUGAAGGAGAUGACGAGGAAGAGAUCGAAGCAUUUACUGGAGCAUUGUAA